AUGAUUAAAAAUGAACACGGCGAUUUAAAUAUUUGCACUUGUCAAAGGCAAGCUCAUGUGCAUGGUAUGCAAGAUCUCCCACCCGUCGACUUCCCGCACGUAUUUAAUGAACAGAUUCACGUCAAAGACUUAGAGAUGUACGCCAAUAGUCUGGGCGAUGAAGCGCAGGGCUACUUACUACCCGUAAUUGAUCAUGAUAAAAAACAGGGUUUGACCGUGGUCGCACAGUUCUACCAAGAUUUUAUCGAUGCUCUCAAACCUAUCGUUCCGACAGUAUUUAAGGGUUUGGAAAAUAUUCAAAAUCCGGUGGAGCAACACACAGUGACCACAGUUGUGAUUGGUCAGUUGUAUGAUUUCACAUAUAUGAUGCAACACGUGUCCGAACUGCGAGCCGUUAAGUCCCUGUCGGUCACCGGCAAUGAGCACAACCUUAUGAACCGUUUGAAGGCAUUGGAGAGUCGAGUGUUGGCCGCCGUCGAGAAGUCAAAGGUGACGGGACUACGAAUGUUACGCAAUCACCCGGUUUUGAAUGCCUGGUAUGAUCAGCUCAUUGCCCUUUUAACUCCUGAAUUUAACAAAAUUAAUCAAGCAAUCCGUAAUUUACCCUCAGCUGCACUCAGACAACAAAAUUUACAACAACUAAUUCAAGAUCUGACACAUUUGACUCAAAUGCCCUUUAUACUAUAA